UCCGUACAAGUGACAGAGCGGUCGUUUAUACUUUUAUACAAAUAGGUAUCCGAUAAGAACAUGUGUCGCUAAUUUCGAUAACAGUUUGUGUAAAUAUUAAUGAUAAUAUCAACGGAAAGGAACUUGUGUAUUGUGUAAAAGCGUGUUCAGUUACUCCUUAUAACGUGGAAAUAUAGAAAUUUACAAUUUUAAUUCAUAAAUUGAAUAGUGAUUUUAAAAUGGAGGUAACAACAGCAAAGGCGAUUUCCAUGUUGACAUUAGGACUUGGCAGUUUCAUAAGUGGAAUGGUUCCCGCCUGCUUCUCAGAGAAUACACGACAGAGGCAUCCACUUUUAAUAUCGUGCUCCCUUUGUUUAGGAGCUGGUGUUCUUCUAGCUACAUCGAUACUGCAUAUGCUUCCAGAGGCGCGGGAGAAUCUGCCUGAUUUAUCAGAAUUGAUGCUUUGUAUUGGCUUCUUUCUAGUUUACUUUGUAGACGAGAUUGUUCAUUUGUUUUAUCGACCGGGCGAUGGGCGUCAUGGUCAAGACGAGUUACAUUACCACGGACAGAAUUAUGGGAGCAGUGAAGUGACGGGUCUGUUAAAUCCGGAAAGGAAUGCGAGGUCUCCUGAUGGGGAGAUGGGGAGAUGUUGUGGGGACACCGGGAGCUCGAGGAUGUGCCAUGUUAGCCAUACACCCCCCUGCAACAGAAGUUUUUCAGGGGUCAUAGGACUUUUGUGCGCGUUGUUCGUGCACAGCUUUUUGGAGGGACUGGCAAUAGGUCUGCAAGAAACAUCUACUCAGGUCCUAUUAAUUUUAGGUGCUGUUUGCGCACACAAAUUCGUCGUCGGCUUUUGUCUGGGAGCGGAGAUCUGUGCGAGCGCGCCGGGCCGCCUGUGCGCACAUCUAGUGAGUGUGUCGCUAUUCAGCGGCGGCUCCGUCGCUGGCAUCGCAGUCGGCGCUGGUUUGGAAACCGUCAGCGCUGUCAAGGAUUCCACCGCUGUGCCUAUUAUGCAGGCUUUGGCUGCUGGUACUUUACUUUACGUGACUGUAAGUGAGGUGUUGCCCCGCGAGAGGGCGCGGUGGCACGAGCGCAAGCGGACCGCUGGAGUCACUCAGUUCAUCGCUGUAGGAUUUGGAUUUACUCUUAUGUAUUUUUUGAUGAAAUAUUUUGACCAUGACGAAUAAAGUGACAAAUGGAGACAUAAUGUGUAAGCAAUCUAGGUAUCGAAACAUAAUGACGUUAGAUACUUUAUUUUUACAUAAUUGACUUUAUACAUAAUAUAGGAUAUAGUUAAUAUUAAUUUUAAGGCAAAGACAAUAAAACAAAUUUUGCUA